AUGAUUUUGGAGGCCAAUAAAGCAAGUAGCAUCAAGUUAGCAGAUUUGGAGGAUAGUGUCAAGAAAAUAGAUUCUAAACUUGAUAAUAUAACCAAUAAAUUAUCCUCGAGAAGUAUUGUCACCUAUGCCAAUGUGGCUUCAAUAUCUUUUCAACAAAGCAAGCUAACUCUUCCAAGAAAUGAGCAAGUAGCACCAUCUACCAGUCAGGCCAAAACAAUGCCUGAAAACAGAUCAAACUCGGUCGAUUAUUAUUUGUUCAUCUACAUGAUGUCAACCUAUUCUGAAGACCAUUCAUCUAAAAAUCAAACAGUAUUUGUUAAUAUAAUUAAACAGUAUCCUGUUUUGUUGGAAAAAUCUAACAUCCCGGAAAUCAAAAAUAAACGACGUAAGGCGGCUGAAGAGAUAAAAGAAAAGGUAGAAGCCGAAUUAGGAGUUAAAUAUAAUGAAGGGCAGAUUUGUAAGAAGAUUCAAAACAUAAAAACCAGAUUAAAAGCGAAGACAGACAGAUAUCAAACCGGAAACAAACCAAUAAAAUUGAAAGGAUGGGAACAAGAACUGUUCAAUUUUCUACCAGGAGAACCAAAUCCUAGUAUUGCUCGAUUGCAAUGUUGCCCACAAAAAAGCGUUGAUUACACUCCAACAGCCUGUGCUGAAGAAGAAACAAUCACCGAAGAAGCAUCUGGAAGUUCUGGACCAGUACUGAAAGCUACCACAAUGAAAGCCAUACCCAGUAAGGAGCCUUCUAAAAAAAAAGAAAAACGAGGAUUAGUGGAAACUGAUGAAGCACGAGAUUUAUCAAUAACAGAGCUCCAACGUCUCGUUUUACUUGAACAAGUGUUUCGGCUAGCUAAGGAACUGCUACUUCACAAGAAAAAUGUGAAUGAAUCUGAUCCAAAUUUAUCAACUUUAAAUGAAAGUGCAGAAAGUGGAAAGCCAAUUUUCAUGAGCCUAUUUCUAGGACAGAACUGA